CCAGUCCACCCUCCGCCCCCACGGCUUCGGCCUGGAUUUGCAGAGAGGCCCGCGUGUUGACUGGAAAUCGCGGAAUGGAUUUCCUUGCCACCCGGGCAGCGGCUCGUUGUGAUUUAAUGAGACACGCUGUAUGAAAGAUGGCCGUGGCGAGCUUUGAGUGAGAGGGUCCUGGGAACAAUUAACGAAACAACAAACUACCGAUCGAAAAAAAAGAUUCACUUUAGAGACGCGCGCUGGAGGAUACUAUCGUGAACCUGGGGUCGCCCUGCCUGCUUUUGUGGGAAGUAGUGGUCUCUUCGCAUCAGAUGGAGUGCCCGCACCUUAGCGCCAGCGUCUGCAUCGUUCCCGAUUCCACUCGCUUCCCCAAUGGGUCGCCCUCCUCCUGGUGCUGCAGCGUAUGCCGUUCUAACAAGAGCCCAUGGGUGUGUCUGACUUGUUCAAGUGUUCACUGUGGGAGAUGCUCGUCUGGAUUGAGAUAUGAUGACUGGGAAGGCCACUACUUUAAGAUAAAGUCUCUGCCAAAAUACGUAAAUGGACAUGCAAAAAAACAUUUUGAAGACUCUCAAAAUCCACCCAAUAACCUCAAAAAACUGGAAAAACAGGAAAAAGAAAAGCAACAGCAUGUUGUAUGCAUGGACUGUAGCAGCUACAGCACAUACUGCUACAGGUGUGAUGAUUUUGUAGUGAAUGAUACUAAAAUGGGUCUUGUACAGAAGGUCAGGGAACAUCUGCAAAACUUGGAAAAUUCAGCUUUCAGUGAAAGACACCGGAAAAGAAAGCUUCUGGAAAGCUCAUCGUUGAACAAUAAAUUGUUAAAAAUCAAUGGAGGUACCUCAGUGCUGUGUGCUACAGGCCUCAGGAACCUUGGUAACACCUGUUUUAUGAACGCAAUUCUGCAAUCUCUCAGUAACAUUCAACAAUUUUGCUGCUAUUUCAAGGAACUCCCAGCUGUUGAGUUACGCAGUGGUAAAACAGCAGGCAGAAGAAUGUACCACACAAGGAGCCAAGGAGACAACAGUGUUUCUCUUGUAGAAGAAUUCCGGAAGACACUUUGCUCUUUAUGGCAAGGAAGCCAGACUGCAUUUAGUCCUGAAUCCUUAUUUUAUGUUAUUUGGAAAAUAAUGCCAAAUUUUAGGGGAUAUCAGCAGCAGGAUGCCCAUGAAUUCAUGCGCUAUCUUUUGGACCAUCUUCACUUAGAACUUCAGGGAGACUGUAAUGGGGUGUCACGCACCACUAUUUCACCACAGGGAGCCGUGCUGUCUACAGGAAGCAAGUGCUGCAUAAAUGGGACUUCUACUGUUGUGACAGCAAUAUUUGGCGGCGUCCUCCAGAAUGAAGUUAACUGCUUGAUAUGCGGCACAGAGUCUAGAAAGUUUGAUCCGUUCCUAGAUCUCUCUCUAGAUAUUCCAAGUCAGUUUCAAAACAAAAGAACCAAGAGCCAAGAGAAUGGGCCAGUUUGUACCCUAAGAGACUGCCUGCGGAGCUUCACAGAUCUUGAAGAGCUGGAUGAAACUGAGCUCUACAUGUGCCACAAAUGCAAAAAGCGUCAGAAGUCCACGAAAAAGUUCUGGAUUCAAAAGCUACCCAAGGUAUUAUGCUUGCAUUUAAAGCGAUUCCACUGGACAGCUUACCUUAGGAACAAAGUGGACACAUAUGUAGAAUUCCCUCUGCGAGAUCUAGACAUGAAGUGCUUCUUAUUGGAGCCUGAAAAUAUUGGUCCAGAAAGCUGCCUGUAUGAUCUGGCUGCAGUCGUAGUGCAUCAUGGAUCUGGUGUUGGCUCUGGACAUUACACUGCAUACGCGGCUCACGAGGGCCGCUGGUUCCAUUUCAACGACAGCACGGUCACCCUGACUGAUGAGGACACCGUUGUGAAGGCCAAGGCUUACAUCUUGUUUUACGUAGAACGACAGACCAAAUCAGGAUCGGAUGCCAAACUUUAAUACCUCGGGCACUGACAGACUGAUGCAUCUGGGCAUUGCAGACCAUCGAUGUGUAGCCCGCCAUCCACCGUUCCUUUCAUGCACUUUUUUACUUGUUGCUGUUAACUUGAGUUUGUUGUGCAAGAGCUGGCUUUUCUCUUUUUAUAUGGAUUUAUUUUUUCUUUUUGUGAAAAAUUGUCACAAGAGAACUUCAAGAUUAAUUGCUGCUUUUAACUCCAACCUUAGGAAUUACAUAUCUAAUUUCA